UAUUUGAAACUUGGAAUGCAUUUUUCUCAGCGGGCUGGCCCCAAGACAUCUAUGUGUUUCAUAACGGAGGUGGCUUGUUCUUGUGAUUGGACCUGCCUGAGUCCUGGAGGAGUUGGAAAAACAACAUUGAUCCAGAAAGCCAGUGAAGUUUUAAAGUCCUAUGGUGUGCCCGUGGAUGGGUUUUACACAGAAGAAGUCAGACAGGGAGGAAGAAGAAUAGGGUUCGACGUCGUCACGUUAUCUGGCGAGCGGGGACCUCUGUCUAGAACUGGGUCAGAGCCUCCGCCUGGCAAGCGGGAAUGCCGUGUGGGGCAGUACGUGGUGGAUCUGGCUUCCUUCGAGCAGUUGGCGCUUCCGGUCUUGAGGAAUGUCACCAAGGAAAACAGAAACCACCUUUUGCCAGAGAUUGUGGCGUGCGUGCAGAGUGGCGGGAAGUGAGGGUGACCCGCUGCUGCUGCUGCUCUGCCCGCGAGACACGUGCCAGCUGGAGUGGCGCCCCUGCCCCGCCCGCCAGGGUUUCCGCCCUGGGCUUCGUGAGGCUCUGCCAGAGAAAGCCCGACAGCUGUUCUCCAUAAAAUGUUUAAAGGAUCAAAUGAGCCUUAAUGCUGGAUCAGCUCCACAAGAUUAACAACCCAUCGUGGCUUAUUUAUGCCGAGAGAUUUCUGUUUAUUUCCUCUUGCAAUUGUGCGUAUGAUUUGGGCAAAUUACGAAAUGAGAAAUGGUUUUCGGAGUAUUAGGUGGAAUUGGCUCUCAUUGAAGUUUAUAAAUGUGUUCAGGGAAGGGGGAGAAAAGAGUUCACGGCUUAAUCAGUUUCGCAUGUCAUGAGAGUUGAACCCCUCCAGGAGCAGCUGCAGCCUCGUGCCGUGCAGAAUGGUAACAGUUAUUUGAUUUUUUAAAAAAUUAGUAUUUAAAAAAAAUUUCAGGUCCUCCCCUCACCCAUCUCAUUGUUUAUUUGUUUGAUUAUUGCUUAAUAAAAUGAAGAUAAACGUGGUGGUGGCAGACAUGCAGGUCCUUGUGCCAGAGGGGUGAAGUCUUGGUAGCAUUUGGUCCGCAGAGGGCUUGGGCCUGUGGGUGAAGAUCGGAACCCCACUUUGGCCCCAUUAAUGUAGGCACAUUCUUAAACCUUUCCGUGCCCGGUUUCCCUUCCAGAAAAAGAGGGAAGUGGGCACUUUCAAAGGAAGGCGCCACCCCAGCCUGGAAGGAACCCACCAUCAGCCUGGACACCCUGGAGAGCGCCCGGGGUCGGGGAUUGGGGUGCAGAGAGAAGGUUCGGUCGGGCAGGGCACCGUGGGAAAGACUGCUGAAACUCACAAAGGAGAACAGCUGCCCCCCCGGGGGUUGGGGGCGCUCCUGGAGGCCUGGGGUGCGCUGGCCAGGCCUUUGAGGGAUCACAGCUGAGCAGGAUCUUCCAGGCUGGGACUCACUCCUCACAGAGGGUGCCUGUCCAGGGAGAGGAAGGGGGCGUCCCCAUCCCGCCGUCCCUGCCUGGCCGAGCUGUCCGGGAGGCCGGCCUAGUGACCUCUGACAGGCAGGUGUGACUCAGCGGGACAGGAUGGCACUGCCUGCAGGAGGGUGUGCGACCCUCAUGUGGUGGGAUGCCCGCGGCCUCUGAAGCGGGUCGAGGCUUCUCACGAAGGCCUGGGAACCUGAGCCCUGCUGUAAACCCACUCUCCUCCGACUCCCACAGCCCUGAGUGAGCCCCGAGCAGCCCUCAGGGAGCUGAGGAAGAGGGAUGCAGGCCGGGGAGAUGUGGUCUCCGUGCCGCCCGUGCCCAGGCCUGCCCGCUAGUCGUCUCCCGCCGGCACGGGCCCCCCAUCAGGAGGGGGCCUCGGCGGCCCCCCCGAGGGGACUGUUUACAAGGGCUCGCGUCCGUCCAGGCGUAAAAGGCCGUUUUCCUUCUGCUGUUUGUCCUUUGAGCUCAGAGUUUCAGUCCUGACUGUUGAGUAGUCUGACACCGUCUUAAUUAGAAGGAAAGGGGUGCUUAGAGCUGAAGCCAGACGUGCUGGUGGAGGGUGAGGGUGGCAGGAUAUCGUCAGAGGGACCCACUGUACGUACAGGAUGGCCCCUGCCACCCGUUCCUCCCCUGGUAAAGAAACGAGCCCGUGCCGCCAGUUAUAGGCUGUGAGCCAGAGUCUGCGUGGCUCACUCCGCGGUCCCCCACUGCCUGGGCUCCCUGGCUUCACGUGCUCCCAGAUCUCAGGGCCGACGUUUAGCUGCGAGAAGGGGUAGCUGCAAUAAAUCAGAGAGCAUUUGAGGGUCGGCAGUGGCGAGAUGCUUGGGUGACUAUUGUGUUACUUUGUCAAAUAGACUGAUCAGUGAGCAUGUGUGACGAUGUCACAUGCUUCCCCUGUGCCUUCAGAAAUGAAAUGUAAUGAACAAUAAUAUAUGGUCUCAAUGCGUCCCCUGCAAAUUCACAUGGAAGUCUCACCCCCAGUGUGGUGGUGUCAUAGGUGGGGCCUUUGGGGUGAUUAGCUCAGGACGGUGGGGCCGUCAUGAAGGGGACUAGUGUCCUUGAAAAAGAGACCCUGGGGAGCUCUGUCACCCCUUCUGCCCUGUGAGGUCUUUGAAAUGCACAGAAUGUGAUCUCUCUGAAGAUCGUGGCUGCAGGAAGAGGACCCUGGAAAGUUGCAAGUUUGCUGAGUGCAAAGCAAGGGGGCAAUGGUAGCCCAGAAAAAGGGGUGAGCCUUGCCCCCUUUCUCUUCCUGUCUGUCUCUGUGUUCAUAGAAGGUUGUGUCUGAGAAGAUCUCAAGUGUGUGUGUGUGUGUAUGUUGAGGGCAGAUGCUUGUGUCCCCAAAGCACGAUGACCUGGGACAAAGCAGAAAGGUGGAGCCAGCAGGGGAGGGCGAAGUGAACAGGCUUUGCAUCGCCCAUUUUAUGGGCCAGAAUUCGGCAGUUUUAGAAAACAACUUGCCAGACAGGUGGUUUGAACACACAGCACAAAAUUUAGAACCAGUAAUGCCAGGUUAGCCACGUGAUGAUAGAAAGUCAAGCCCUGCAGUUUUUAGAUUAUUAUUAGAGGAGAAGCAAUUUUGUUUGGUGCCCGAAUGUAGAAAAUAAAUAAUUCUUUAGCUGUAUUCGUGCAAAACAUUUGAAGGACUCCGGCAAGAAACCUCGCCUUAGGAACAUCCCCUUUAGAUGGGGACUAAUAAUACAGUAUUUUCCAAGGAGUACUCUGACAAACAGCUCACUGGCUGCGGAUCAGAUUAUUAAGCUCAUGAGUUGUAAGUAUAGAAGUUGUUUACAACGCUUAUGAAAACCACGUGUUGCGCUGUUGACAGCCAGGAGCAGUCCCGGAGGGGGUCUGGCAGUGCUCUCCGCGGGAGCGGGGACCCGUGGGUCUACGUGUGUGCACACUCAGCAGGGACACUCGGGGCGGCUCCUUCUCUAUUGCCGUGGCCAACACAGAGAGUGGCAUCCCCGUCUGAGUCUGACCUGUCGAUAAACUGCACCUUUUCUUCUGCUACUGCCUCCUCGGAACGAGAUGUAGGGGAACCCAGGAUGCGUUGGCCACCUCAUUUGCAUGGCUGGAAACAGUGACUGUGUUUCUUACUUCUGGAGGCCCAAGGGCUGAAUGUUGCUGGGCCUGGGUCAUUUUCUCACUUAAUUCGAGUAGACCCCCUCUCUGGGAGGUCAUACAGCUCAGGGCUGUCAUUCCGUCCUGCAGGCUUGGCUGCCAAGUCACCCAAGAGAAUUUCAGGAACCUCCAGCCAGAUUUGGUCAGACCAACGUAGAGAACUGUGGUGAGGUUCUAGCAGGUUCUCUUUCGACAAACACCUGCAUCUCAAGCAGAAAUCACCAAGUGUGCAUCUCCAGGGAUUGCUGAUUUGAGAAUGAUGCACCAUUUCUCUGAUUACAGAGCCCACAUACGGUUAUUAAUUGCUAAUUCUUAUGUUACAGAAAGAAAAAAUUGCUGUCUACUUCCAAGGGGUAAGGAAUUCUCUGCAAUACCCUCCUGCCGACACUUCCAGAUCCUAGAUACCCUUAAGAAAUGUGUAUGAUUGUUUCCAAAUUGAGCAUCUCUAACUAUUAUGUUUCCAAAAAGGAUGGUUCAUCAGGUCAGUGAUGGUGUUUUCUAUGGACUCUGUUCUGGGAACCCUUCCUCCUCCCUCACGUCAGUGAGAGGCCAGGUUUCUGCUCUACCCAAUGGGAAUCUUAAGAUGAGAAAAGUCUUAGAAUUUAGAAUUUGCCCAAAUACCAUUCUUAUAGUAAAGGGUAGAUUUUUUUUUAAAGAAAUGACAAGUUUCAGCAGAAGUCAAACAACUGGACACAGCAAUAACUAAAAACAUUUUAAUUCCAAAAACAAGGGUGUGUGCAAGUGUCCUGUGACACAGUAAGGAUUGCCUGG